UCGAUGUUUGUCCAGCUUUAGCUUGCAUCCCUAGCUUGAAAUUUUGCCAAAUAAAAAAAUCUGCAUUUAAAUAGUGUGUUUAUUAAAUAAAAUAGUACUAAAAUGGCAGCAGGCCCCAUUGCGGAACGUAAUCAAGAUGCCACAAUUUACGCCGGCGGUCUGGACGACAAGGUGUCCGAGUCCCUGCUGUGGGAGCUGUUUGUCCAGGCCGGACCCGUAGUAAACGUACACAUGCCAAAAGAUCGUGUCACACAAAUGCAUCAGGGCUAUGGAUUCGUGGAGUUCCUCAGCGAAGAAGAUGCCGACUAUGCAAUAAAGAUCAUGAACAUGAUUAAGCUUUAUGGCAAGCCCAUUAGAGUGAACAAGGCGUCGGCGCAUCAGAAGAACCUGGAUGUCGGCGCCAACAUCUUCAUUGGCAAUCUCGAUGUGGAGGUGGACGAAAAGCUGCUCUACGACACAUUCUCAGCCUUUGGCGUGAUCCUGCAGACUCCCAAGAUAAUGCGUGACCCGGAGACGGGGAAGUCCAAGAGUUUCGCCUUCAUCAACUUUGCCAGCUUCGAGGCCAGUGACGCCGCCAUGGACGCCAUGAACGGACAGUAUCUCUGCAAUCGCCCCAUUUCCGUCUCUUAUGCAUUCAAGAAGGACCACAAGGGCGAACGCCACGGCUCUGCGGCCGAGCGUCUGCUUGCCGCCCAGAAUCCCUCUGCCCAUGCCGAUCGUCCGCAUCAGCUGUUCGCCGAUGCGCCCGUGCAGAACAUGAUGACCGGUCAGAUGAUGCCGCCACCGAUGAUGGCGCCCCCACCGCCCGUGGUCCCCGUCUCGCAGAACAAUAUGGGCAUGAUAGCAACGCCGCCGCCAGUGCCGCAGCCCACACCGUUCCCAGCCACAAUACCGCCACCACCACUGCCCCCGAUGGCGGGCGGACAACCACCACUACCUCCGGCAUUGGGCAUUCCGCCGCCGCCGCGCAUGAUGCAGCCAAACUCGUGGGCCCCGCCGGGCAUGCCAGCGCCGCCACCGCGACCUCCGCCAACGAAUUGGCGCCCCCCACCCGGUGCCUUUGCUCCAGGCCCCUUCGCCCGGCCCUACCAACCCGAUGGCUAUCAGUACUAGUCCACCAAUCCCUGUGUAGCCCUUAGCCCCUGUAGUUAUAAAAUAUUUGAUGAACCAGACGAAAUACAUUUUCUAGGCUUUUACACACACGCGGAACCCAACGUGGACCCAUACGACCAUUGACUAGGAUUUGAAAAUGAAAAA